GAAACGUCUUGUCAGUUGCCUCCCAUAUGCACCGAGACUGGGGAUUGGACUUGCAACCUAGGUUUUGCUUCCCACCAUGGCUAUCACACAGUUUCGGUUAUUCAAAGUUUGUACCUGCUUAGCAACAAUAUUCUCAUUCCUCAAGAGAUUAAUAUGCAGGUCUGGCAGAGGACGGAAAUUAAGUGGAGACCAGAUAACUUUGCCAACUACAGUGGAUUAUUCAUCAGUUCCAAAACAGACAGAUGUCGAAGAGUGGACUUCCUGGGAUGAAGAUGCGCCCACAAGUGUAAAGAUUGAAGGAGGGAACGGGAAUGUGGCAACACAGCAGAAUUCUUUGGAACAACUGGAACCUGACUAUUUUAAGGACAUGACACCAACUAUAAGGAAAACUCAGAAAAUCAUUGUUAAGAAGAGAGAACCAGUAAAUUUUGGCAUCCCAGACGGCAGCACAGGAUUCUCUAGUAGAUUAGCAGCCACACAGGACAUGCCUUUCAUUCAUCAGUCACCUGAAUUAGGUGACUUAGAUACCUGGCAGGAAAAUACCAAUGCUUGGGAAGAAGAAGCAGAUGCAGCCUGGCAGGCGGAAGAAGUCCUGAGGCAGCAGAAGAUAGCAGAUAGAGAAAAGAGAGCUGCAGAACAGCAAAGAAAGAAAAUGGAAAAGGAAGCACAGCGGCUAAUGAAGAAGGAACAAAACAAAAUUGGUGUGAAACUCUCAUAACAAAUGUCCUUCAAAUGUCAUAGUGCCAGUAGGAGAAAUUUGUGACCCACGACCCAAGCAACAUUUGUAUGGCUCUAAGAGCGUUUUCAGAAUACAAACACACUGCUUGAUUUCAGUGCAUUCAUCAGGCCAUUCAGGACACCGGGAUUCUGUCACAGUACUUUGAACUUUAGUGAUUGAGGCUCAGAAGCGUGGAAAAGACUUACGAGACAAUAUUUUCUUCAACAUGCUCCAAUAGAAGACAAUUGUGUGCCGUAGAGAAGCUAUCACAAAUGGAACAUACCAGUACCUCUUCAAGCUAGUGUUUCUAGCUGAAUAAAUGGGUGUAAAUAAUUUUAUGGUGGGAAAGAACUCUGCUGUCUAUAAUGCUUUCCUUCAAUGUGCAUAAUGAUAAAAUAAAUAAUUUUAAGUAUUUCGUUUCCAUGACUCCCCACCCUCCAUCAGACAGAGCUGCAGGGCUUUAACUUUCUUAUCGUUGCCGGAAGCUGGUGUUGGCGUACGUUUCCUCUCGUUUGAACUGUUACUGUUUGUAUUCGGUACAGCAUCAAAGAAUUCACUGAUUUUGGUUUUCAAAUAAAAUGACAUUAAAUGCAAUAAUUUUAUUUAUCAUAA